AUGGCGGCUUCACACGGCCUCGAGGUCCGAAAUGAAGACGGUCGCACACCUUUGAUGUGCGCUGCCGGCCUCGGGGACACAGAGAUUCUGGUGACGCUUCUGAACAGCGGCGCAGACAAGGACGCGCAGGACAAGAAUGGCGCGACGGCUCUCCACAAUGCGGCGCGCCGCGGCAGCGCGGAGUGCUUGCGACUUCUCCUGGAUGCCGGCUGGAGCAAGGACGUGCAGGACGACGAGGGUGACACGCCGCUCCACUUGGCCGCACAGUGCGGCAAUGCCGGGUGCGUGGACUUGCUGCUCAAGGCCGCUGUGAAGAAGGACUUGCGGAACACAAUCGGUGACACGCCGCUCCACCGCGCCGCAGACAACGGCCAUGCCGGGUGCGUGGAGUUGUUGCUCGAGGCCGGUGUGGAGAAGGACUUGCGGAACACAAUCGGUGACACGCCGCUCCACCGCGCCGCAGACAACGGCCAUGCCGGGUGCGUGGAGUUGUUGCUCAAGGCCGGUGUGGAGAAGGGGCUGAAAGACAAUGAGGGCAACACAGCGCUGGAUGUGGCAAAAGAUGAUCCAUGCAGGUCACUCCUCGAGAAGGCCAGCGGCUCCACGGGGACCUGA